CUUCACGACUCACGACUCACGACUCACGACUCGAUCAUUUCCCCACGAUCUCCUCGUCAGCCAUCCUUUCCUCGCAUCCUCUCCUCGCCUCGCACUGCGCCGUCAUUGCUUCUGUAGUCCCUCAUCGCACGCGCUCCGCUGCUUGCGCCCACCAUGGCGUCUCAAGGAACAGGCUACGACCUCUCCUCCUCCACCUACUCACCAGACGGCCGCAUCUUUCAGAUCGAGUACGCGACCAAAGCGGUCGACGCAGCGGGCACGGCGAUCGGUAUCAAGUGCAAGGAUGGCGUACUGCUAGCAGUCGAGAAGCUGGUCAGCACCAAGUUGCUCGUUCCCAGCGCCAAGGGUGCCAGCUUGAACAGGCGCAUCGCAGCCGUGGACAGGCACGCCGGUCUCACCACCGCGGGUCUUUCCGCUGAUGGCAAGCAUCUCUCCAACCGAGCGCGCGACGAGUGUCUCAAUUUUCGCGACACGUUUCGCCAACCGUCGCCCCUGCACGUGUUGGCCGAACGUCUAUCUCUCUACACGCAAGCAUACACCCUCUACUCUUCUGUGCGCCCAUUCGGUAUCAGCACCAUUCUGGGUGGUGUCGACGAGGAUGGUCCCAAGCUGUACCUGGUGGAGCCUAGCGGUACUUUCUGGGGAUACAAGGCUUGUGCGGUGGGCAAAGGCAAGCAGUUGGCAAAGACGGAAUUGGAAAAGUUGGACUUGACGACAUUGUCGACGGAAGAUGCGGUGCAAAAGGCCGCGGAUAUCAUCUACAAGGUCCACGCGGAGAAUAAGGACAAGGAUUUCGAAUUGGAGAUUAGCUGGAUUGGACCCAAGAGCGGGGGCGUCUUUCAACCUGUUCCUGCUGAGAUCGUCGCUGAAGCAGCACAAAAGGCAAAGGAGGCGUUGGACGACGAGAUGGAGGACUAGGUGGGCAUCCAUGGCCCCCCCGCGCGUGUCACUCACAUCCAGAUGCAAUGCGAUGGUGUGACAAUCAGGGUGUGAGCGGAGUGGCUUGUGUGUGGGCAAUUGCCGGUCACCGUCCCGGCGGCAUGCGCGCGUGGGGAAGAGGCCAUGAGCGCGCAUAGGUGAGUGGGCGAG